CCCCCUUCUGGCAUUACCGAUCGACACUGGCCAGGACCCAAUAGAACUUCAGGCAUCGAGAGGACAGCACGACGACGUCGCCUGCGGUUUCUCAGUACAACAAGCUGCCGGUUCGGCUCUAAGGGGGCGUGGACACGGUGUCUUUUGGAAUUUAGUCGAAAAUGAACAUUUCGAACCCGGUGCCGAAGGAGGUCACUUCGGUGGCCUUCUCGUUCUUGGACAACAAGGAUGUUCGGAAGCUUUCGGUCAAGCAGAUAACGAAUCCUAUUCUCUUUGACAACCUCGAGCAUCCGACUACAGGCGGUCUUUAUGAUCCCGCGCUAGGACCUCACGACAAAAAUUCUAGGUGUACGACAUGUUCCCUCGGGCACUUCUCUUGCCCAGGACACUUCGGCCACAUCGACCUUGCAGCCCCCGUUUACAACCCUAUCACCUUCCGCCUUAUGUACAAACUCCUCCAAUCCCUAUGUUUCUACUGCCAUCAUCUGCGUUCCUCGCGGGUUGCGAUCGCACAUUACUCAGCGAAGCUUAAGCUCAUAUAUGCUGGUCUGAUCACGGAGGCGGCAGAACUCGACACGCUUGUUUCGACGAAAGCCAGCGCGCCAUUGAAAAAGGCGAAGAAGGCAAAGACGACCAAAUCCACACAACGGAACGAGUUCAUCGAGGACGAGGCGGAGGAGGUGGAUGAGGACGAGGAGGAGGAAGGAAGGGAAUCUGAAAACGAGGACUCCAUGGACAUUGAUGCUGAACUUGGUCUUGGGCCACGGACAGCUGAACACAUGAUUGCCGAGAUCGAAGACUACGUGCAGGAAGUUUUUGCGAAGGAACGUCCCGGCGCAGUUCGAAAGACAACUCUGGUGAUCGAGGCACUUCGAAAGCUGGAAAGGCAGUUCUUGGGCUCCAUUCCAGCGCAAAGUUGUGCUGGCUGUAGGGGACAAAGUCCCAAGUUUCGUAAGGAAGGCCAGCUCAAGAUCUUCCAAAAGCCGUUGAAUCCGAAACAGAGGCACGCUAUGGACGCGAAAGGGCUGAAGUUUGAAUCGCUCUUCUCCACCGCGCCUGAAGAGGCCGAGACAGAUCCAUCUCUCGGUCACGGCAACUCUGCAACGAACGGGAUAAGCGCGACUGAGAAGGCACGAGCAGUUCUGGCAAUGGAGGUACAGAUUACGGAAGCAGACCUGGACGCUGUCGCCGUCGAGCAAGCUCCCGUCCUCAGCAAGGAUAAGUUCUUGACACCAUUAGAAGUACAACAACAUCUGAAGAUGCUGUGGGAGCGGGAACAAAGCAUACUCGACCUUCUUUAUGGAUCCACGUCCGUAGAGACUGGCAAGAGAACAUCCUCGUACCGGAUGUUCUUCUCCGACGUUGUUCCCGUUGCCCCAACCCGCUUCCGACCGAUCUCGAAAAUGAACGAUAUGGUCUACGAGCACCCCCAAAACACGCAUCUGACAGAGAUCCUGAAGGCGAAUCUCGCCAUCCAGGAUAUUCGAGCUCAGGAGCAAGUUGCUCUUGCUGCUAUUCCCGACAAAUCAUCAAACCUAUAUUACGAGAGAAGAUCGGAGUUCCUGAAAAGGAUCGUUGAUUCCUGGAUCAGGUUGCAGAUGAGCGUCAACAACAACAUCGACAGCUCAAAGGCACCACCAGGCCCCGGAGGCAAAGCACCGCCCCUUGGUAUCAAACAGCUGCUUGAGAAGAAGGAAGGUCUCUUCCGAAAGCACAUGAUGGGAAAGCGUGUCAACUUUGCGGCCAGGUCUGUCAUCAGUCCGGAUCCGUACAUCGAGACGAACGAGAUCGGGAUACCACCCGUGUUUGCUACCAAACUUACAUAUCCUGAACCGGUGACGCAUCACAACGUCAAGGAGUUACGGAGAGCAGUCAUCAACGGGCCUUUGAAGUGGCCUGGCGCGUCACAUGUCGUCACGGAGGAUGGAACGGAAGUCAAUCUGGCUACCUUCGACGAGGCGGGACGGACAGGGAUCGCAAACCAGUUGUUGACACCGAAUAUCGGUGUGUCUGGCAAUAACCAACACACGCAUGUCAACAAGAAAGUUCUCCGACACUUGCGGAACGGUGAUUUCCUCCUCCUCAACCGUCAACCAACUCUGCACAAACCAUCCAUCAUGGCACACACCGCCCGUGUCCUGCCCGGUGAGAAAACCAUUCGAAUGCACUACGCCAACUGUAACACGUACAACGCUGACUUCGACGGAGACGAAAUGAACGCGCACUUCCCGCAAAACGAAGUGGCCAGAGCGGAGGCGAUGCUGAUCGCUCGCACGGAUAAGCAGUACCUUGUCCCCACAGAUGGAGGAGUUUUGCGUGGUCUCAUUCAAGAUCACGUUGACGCUGGUGUGCAUAUGUGUUGUCGGGACACCUUGCUGGGAAGGGAGGAGUACAUGCAGUUGGUGUACGGAUGCCUGCGGCCGGAGGGUAUGCGCGGUUUCGGGACCGUUGGAAAUGGCAACAUUGAGGAAGAGCUGGUUAUCGGAGAGCAUGGCAAGGUCAUCACUAUCGAACCUGCGCACAUGAAGCCCAGGAGGUUCUGGACGGGGAAGCAAGUUAUCACCACCGUCCUUUUGAACUUGACUGCGGGAGCAGAACCCCUUAACAUGAUCUCCAAAGCGAAGAUCCCCGCAAAAGCCUGGGGACCGACUGGAAAGGAAGAGCAAGGAGUGCUCUUCAUGGACGGUCACCUUUUGACUGGUGUGCUGGACAAGUCUCAGUUCGGUGCCAGUGACAACGGUCUUGUGCACGCCGUCUACGAGACUUACGGACCCGCUUACGCCGGAAAGCUUCUCUCCAUCCUCGGACGGCUGUUUACCGGGUACAUGCAGAUGUUCGGGUUCACGUGUAGAAUGGACGAUUUGCGUUUGACUGGCAAGGGUGACAUCAAGCGACGAGAACUCAUCAACAAGAGCAAAACGAUGGGUCGGGAAGCCAUCGUUGAGUACGUGGGUGCAGAGAAAGCCCGCACGGACCUUUCCCUCUCGCUAAGCAUGGAGAGUGUCCUCCGCGUUGACGAGAAGAUGGCCGGCCUCGACUCCGCGAUGAAGAGCAAAACGAACCGAGUCACGUCCGAGAUCAUCUCGUCCACUGUUCCCGAUCAGCUGCUCAAGCCGUUCCCGCACAACAACAUGCAGAUGAUGACGGUCUCGGGAGCUAAGGGGUCGAACGUCAACGUGUCGCAGAUCUCGUGUUUGCUGGGACAGCAGGAGUUGGAGGGUCGGCGUGUGCCUACGAUGAUCUCGGGGAAGACGCUGCCGAGUUUCCCGGCGUUUGAUACGGCCGCACGAGCGGGAGGAUAUAUUACCGGACGGUUCUUGACUGGAAUCAAACCUCAGGAGUACUUCUUCCAUUGUAUGGCUGGGCGAGAAGGUCUCAUUGACACAGCCGUCAAAACAUCUCGAUCAGGUUACUUGCAGAGGUGUUUGAUCAAGCCCCUGGAAGGCCUCCGGGUCCACUACGAUCACACUGUCCGUGAUUCCGACGGAAGUAUCGUUCAGUUCCACUACGGCGAGGACUCGCUAGACGUGACCAAGCAGAAGACGCUCACCAAAUUCGAUUUCUGCGCCAUGAACUACCUCGCGCUGGUUGAGCGCUACAACCCUACUCGUCUUGCUAAUGCCUCUAUUGACUCGGAGAAGGUGGAGAAAUACCGAAAGAAGCAGAAGAAGAGAGGGAUCACAAACACCACGCUUCUGGAAAAGUUCUCCCCGUCUCGUUUCCUUGGAGCGGUCAGUGAGGGUUUUGCAAACGAUCUGGACGCAUACAUCGAGAAGAACCCCAGCAACCUCCUCACGAACAAGAAGGCGAGAAAGGAAGGCAAGAAGCACAAGGCAUGGUCCGGCGACGCUGUCAAGGACUCCCACUUCAAGCUCCUUAUGAACCUCAAAUACAUGAACUCCCUGGUGGAGCCCGGUGAAGCCGUCGGUCUGCUUGCGGCGCAGAGUAUCGGCGAGCCUUCGACGCAGAUGACGUUGAACACUUUCCACUUUGCUGGAUUCGGUGCCAAGAACGUCACGCUUGGUAUUCCGCGUCUUCGUGAGAUUAUCAUGACGGCGUCCGAUAACAUCAAGACGCCGAUGAUGAGGUUACCGAUGCUGCCGAGCGUCACACCGGCGCAGAGCGAGGCGUUCGCAAAGAGUAUCUCGAAAUUGGUGCUGUCGCAGGUUAUGGAAGGCGUUAGUGUGAAGGAGCUGCUCAGCACUAAGGGGACUGACUUGUUGAGGAAGAAGAUCUUCACCGUAAGACUGAGGUUCUGGAAGCCGGAGGAUUACAAGGCUGAUCACGGGAUCACGCAGGAGGAUCUUGGGCGGGUUAUUGAGAAGGGUUUCGUGCGGGCACUGGAUCGGGCUAUUACCAAGGAACUGAAGGCUAAGAAGAGGAAGGAGGAUGAUGUUGAUGAUAACAUUGGGGUUGGGACCACUUCUCCUGACGCUGUGCGACCUUCUCGAUCGGGCGACGGCGAGGAAGGAAGUGACCGCCAGGCGGUUAUGGACGACGAAGACGACGCCGGGUCGGACAUUGAAGGAGACGAUGGCGAUGCGGUCAACACCAAGCAAACAAAGGCGCGGAUGCAACUAUCCAGCUACGACGCUCCCGACGACGAUGAUGAGGAAGUGAUACGCCGGGUGGAUCGCCAAAUGAGCGACGAUGAAAACGAGGACGACUCUGCAGGGAACGCGCAGCAGGCUGACGAGGACACUUCUGGCGCCACCGACGCCAGCGGUCUGACACGGGAAGAGCGGAUUGUAACCAGCAGCCGCUUCGUGGUCGGAUACAAGUUCGACCACGCGCGCGGGCGGUACUGCGACAUCAAGCUUUCGUUCCCGGCCACGGUCAAGAAGAUGCUCAUGGUCUCCCUUGUCGAGAAAGUGUGCCGCAGCGUCGUGAUCCACGAAGUCGACCGCAUCUCCCGCUCGUACCCGUUACCCAACGAGGCCGAGAACGACAAGUCGGUCAACAUCGGCACCGACGGCGUCAACCUCAAGGGCAUGUGGGAGUACAUGAACAUGAUCGACGUCUCCAAGAUCUACACCAACGACGUUGCCGCGGUGUUGCGGACGUACGGUGUCGAGGCGGCCCGCGCUGCGAUCAUGCAGGAGAUCGCGGGCGUGUUCGCGGUGUAUGGGAUCAACGUCGACAAGCGCCAUUUGUCGUUGAUUGCGGAUUUCAUGACGUUUGAGGGCGGGUAUAAGCCUUUCAAUCGGAUGGGAAUGGGCAGCAACCCGAGUCCGUUUGCGCAGAUGAGUUUCGAGACGACGACGCAGUUCUUGACUACCGCGACGUUAUCCGGAGACUUCGACAACCUCGAAAACCCCUCCGCCCGGCUCGUCCUCGGCAAAGUCGUCAAGGGCGGGACAGGCUCCUUCGAGGUCCGCCAACCCCUUAACGUCCGCGUCAGCGGCGUACAGGCGGCGGGUACGAUCGCCGCCGAGGCACAGGAUUUCGUCGCUAACCGCGCUACGAAUGUUGUGAGGGAUGUUGUUGUGGAGGCGUAGGGAUGAGAGAGGGAUUCGGAGUCCACCACGGAUAGCGGGCUGCCAUCGCACCACAACUCACACACCAGCAGCAGCAGCAGCUGAUAUACUUUUUGCUCGGUUAUUGGCGCCCACGCCAUUCAUUUGUAUUAUUUAUGUAGACACAUAUUUCCCAUUUGCAUUUGUAUCCACAUUGAUUUUUUUCUGUACACAUAUAGCAUCAAGAGCCUGCUUGAUCGAAUAUCAUUAUCUGACACAAAAAGCGUUCGCGAUAUUCCAGAAACACAACAUUGCUUGUGCUGACAACGAUUGGUCUUCCUCUAAGCCGCUGUGCUAUCCUACAAUACAUAUCGCAAGUUAUAAACCCCAACGCCCACCGCCCCCGC